AUGCUGUCGCAAAAGCUUCAUGAAGCAUUUAAAGGUACGGUGGAGAGGAUCACAGGUCCUCGUACGAUCUCGGCGUUCAAGGAGAAGGGAGUACUCAGCGUCAGCGAGUUCGUGCUCGCCGGCGAUAAUCUCGUCUCCAAGUGCCCUACCUGGUCCUGGGAAUCUGGUGAUACAAGCAAAAGGAAGCCAUACUUGCCCUCGGACAAACAGUUUCUGAUUACUAGAAAUGUACCUUGUCUACGGAGAGCUGCAUCUGUAGCAGAGGAAUAUGAAGCUGCUGGAGGUGAAGUGUUGGUUGAUGAUGAAGAUAAUGAUGGUUGGCUAGCGACACAUGGGAAGCCAAAAGAUAAAGGCAACGAAGAAGAAAACUUGCCAUCCAUGGAUGCCUUAGAUAUAGACGAGAGAAAUGCUAUAAAAUCUAUACCUACGUAUUUUGGAGCUGAGGAGGAGGAAGAUAUUCCAGACAUGGAGGAGAUUGAUGAAGCUGACAAUGUGGUCGAAAAUGAUCGAGCAACUCUUCAGUCCACUUAUCUUGUGGCUCAUGAGCCUGAUGAUGAUAACAUUCUCCGAACUCGGACAUAUGAUAUCACCAUAACGUAUGAUAAGUAUUACCAAACUCCUCGUGUUUGGCUGACCGGUUAUGAUGAGUCAAGGAUGCUGCUGCAACCUGAGCUUGUAAUGGAGGAUGUGAGCCAAGACCAUGCUCGUAAAACGGUUACAAUCGAAGAUCACCCACACUUGCCUGGGAAACAUGCUUCAGUCCAUCCAUGUCGACAUGGAGCUGUUAUGAAGAAAAUUAUCGAUGUAUUGAUGUCGCGUGGAGUAGAACCUGAAGUUGACAAGUACCUCUUCCUGUUCUUGAAGUUCAUGGCAUCAGUUAUUCCAACAAUCGAGUAUGAUUACACUAUGGACUUUGAUCUCGGUAGCUCAAGCACCUAA